CCACCCUUAGCGCCUGAAGGGAGGGAGUUUUGCUGCCUCACUCCACUUCCUAGCAGUUAGGAGCAGGUGUGGAACUGGGCUGGACCCUCCAUCAGAGGAUUAGGUGAGUACUGAGCUGGGGGAUCCUCCCACAAAUUCUCCUUCUGGGUUGAGGCUGAACAGGAGCAGGGGCAGAGGCCCUGGAUUCAGAAAAGCUCUGGUUUGAAGAAGAUCUUUCCAUACCAACUCCCGGGGUAAGAUUGGGGACUCCAGGUUCCGUCAGGGCCUUGUGGAGGAAUGGAAACCCACUGUGUUGCCUGGCUCAGUCCCAGCUCAACUUUGACCAUGUGCAGGUGAACUACACCCAGCCCUCCUUGAGGGCUUGGGGAGGGUCAGACUCUGGAGGGAACAUUCUCCUGGGUUCUUAGGAGCAGCACUAUCUGGGGGGGUGGUGGACUUGGGCUAUGAAGCCCAUAGGUGAUACCCAUCAACCAUGCCAGCUUGUUCUCUUACAGGGAGGUAUGCUGCCCUGAGACUGCAGGAGGGACCAAGAGGUGCCUGGCAUGCCCCUCCUAACAGCUACAGUUAGGGGGGAUUGCUAAGGAGCCAGGCCCCAGGCAUGCCUGCAAGGCCACCUCCUCCAUCAGGACCUGCCACAAUGCAAAAUGCUUUUGUGUGCCCAGUGACAGUCAUUCAAGCCUGUCUCCUUUGAGAGGAGGCCUAGGUUUCCAGAUGGGCAUUUGGGAGUACCCCUCACCCCUGGCUGAGCACAUCAAGAUGUCAGCUUCACCCCCACCCUGGGGGAUAGAAGACUGGGCAUCUGUGGCUGGAGGUGGCCAUCAUUAUUUCUGUGUAGAUUCUGUGCCCACGGGCUGGAGACCCUCAUACAGCUGUCUCUGGCCCUUGCUGGGGGGUGCUUGUGAACUCAGGGCUUUGCUCAAAUGUUCCCUAAGAGGGAAAGCCUUUCCUGGGCUCCACAGCAUCCAAUAUCCCUCCAGUGGAGCCUGUUAGAUGGAAAUUUCUCAUUGUGACUGAAGUCCUCAUUAGACCGGGAGCCCUGAGGGCAGGGACAAUGUCCCUUUUUAUAUUUCUCUUGACAGUGCCUGGCACAGAGGAGGGGGCCAAUACAACUUUAAUAAAUACAAAUAAGUACAUAAAGUGUGAAGUAUUAUCAGCACAACAUGGUGGGGGGGGGAGUAAUUAGGGGUCUACUUGACCCCUCAGAGGAUGCCUGUGCUGUAUAUAAAAAGCCACAUACUGUAUAUUUCAAAGUAAAGUCUUUAACUCACACAGCGACAGAAAGUAGAAUGAAGAUUUGAACCGUGUGUAUCAUAUCUGUUUGUACCCCAUGCUAAAAUUUUUUCCUCCUUGGUUGUUUUCAUCUUGCUCUCUGACCUCAAAGCCGGAGGAAGUGAGGUCCAUCUCCUAUGCUGGGGACAGCAGAACCUAGAGGGUUGGUGGUUUGGCAGUGGGAGGUGAAAAAUCUCUUUGGACUUCUCAGACACACUCCAUGGAUCUCAGGUUGAUGGGGGCAAAGGGGCUGUGGAAGCAACAGAGAGGAACCAAUCCAGGGUGGACCCCCUUAUCAGUGUGGCUGCGGUGGAUGAUGGUGACAUCGCUGACCAAGUAGGACAGGGAGAAGAGAAGCAGGUUUGGGGUUGGGAGGGAAGAAGCUGUAUGCCAAAAUGGGUAUGUUCAGCAUGAGACGCCCAAGAAACGUCCCCAGCAGAAACUUGGAUGUGGUUCUGGAAUUCGGGGGAGGUCUGAGCCUGAGACGCAGGUUAGAGUUGGUUAAGUCAGCUCUGAGUUGGGACCAAGAAGUGGGGUAAGAUCGCCCCAGAUGGGACCGUGAAGAUGGGCUCUUCAGAAACGCAUAAGGAGCAGCUGGAGUUGCUGGUGAAGAGGCAACCACGAGUGUUUGAGUAUAGAGUAUUGAGAGAGAAGACAGAAGCUGGGGAGGGGUGGGUUUGAUGCUGAAAAGUAAAUCAGGAGACAAGGAGUGAAGUCUGGGGCCAGAGGAGUUAGGGGCUGAGUGAAGCCCCUGGUGCUGUCUACACACCUCUAGGAGGGAGGCCGAGCAGGCGGAAUGGGGAGCAGUGAGAGCCUUAAAGAAGUUUGAAGAGUUCGGGUGCUAACCACGUUCUCCGCGUGGCCACUGCCUGCUCCCCCACCAAGGCCUGCAACGCGCCAGCAGUACGGGGUUUGCGCCCCGCGCGGCAAGAGGUUGCCCCGUCGAAGGCUUCAGAGCGCAUGCUCAGAGCUGGGGCAUUGUCACGUGCGGCCGCCUCGCGCGGAUUGGUUCUCUGCUCGCGAGCUCCGGGGGGAUUGGCUAGAGAGGUCGGCGCGGUGGUGGCGGCACGCGGACGGAGGCUGCGGCGGCGCGGCGGCUGUGGGGCAGAGAGCAGGCCGCCGGGGUCCGCCCGCAGCCCCUCUGGGAUGGAGGUCCUGGACGAGUUCGACAGCGAGUUCCCCCAGAGUGUGACCUUCUGCCAGCUCAUCUCCGAGGAGGACUUCGAGAGGCAGGCGGCCACCUACACGGAGCGCGCGCUGCGCCGCCUCUUCCGCAGCAUCGACCGCAACCCCGCGCUGGCCGAGAGGGUGGUGCGCAAGGGCAAGCUGGCGGAGUACGAGGGGCGCGGGCUCCUCUCCUUCUUCUGGGCGAAGUUCUUCUGUGCAGUUCAGGGGGAGCUGAAUUGUUGCAACAGCAUGGGUGCCCUGGAGAUGCACCAGCGCCUGGAGCAGCUGAAGAGGAGCAUGCACCGCGUGCACCUCCUCCCAGGAUGCCAAGAAGAAGAGAAGAAAGCCGAAACUGAAGAAACCAGAACCCAUCCUCUUGCGAGACCGAUCAACCUCCCCAUGCCUCCCACCAACGUUGCUGCCACCUCCACCACUGCCGUCACCUGCCACCACCAUGGUCUCCGUGGUGGCCCCAUCACCCCCUGUCUACACUAUGCCUAGGGUCUUUGGCCCCUUCCCUCCGCUGCCCAGCAAGUCGAUGGAGAAGUUGGAGGUUGCAAAGUCAGAAGUGAAAUUGAACUGGGCUGGCCUGUCAUCGAACCCAAAGAGAUACAUGGUUGAUCUGACCCCCUUGGUCCUCAACCCCGGAGGCUUCCAUUUCUCGUACCUGGCUGGAAACAGCGCACACAAGCUCCAUUGCCCUGGCUUCCCUUGGGUGGUGGUAUUUCCCAUGUCAUUCCGUGGAGUGUUAUUUCAAAGUAUGUAUUUAGACUGGCUGCUUCAUUGCAUCAGAUGACUUUUUUUUUUUUUUAAUAGCUGUUUUUUAGAAUUUUAGAUUCACAGCAAACUGAGAAAGAGCUGAGAGUUCCCACAUGCCCCCUGCCCCUACACAAGCACAGACUCUCCCGCUAUCAACAUCCCCCGCCUUAUAAUUGAUGAAGCUACGUUGACACAUCAUUAUCACCCAGAGUCCAUAUGUUUGCACUCACUCUUGGCAUUGUCCAUUCGAUGGGUUUGGACAAAUGUAUGAUGACAGGUAUCCGCUAUUACAGCGUCCUACAGAAUAGUUUCAUUGCCCUUAAAAUCUUCCAUGCUCCAGCUGUUCAUCCCUCCCCCUCCCCAACCCCUCACUACCCCUGCUCUUUUUACUGUCUCCGUAAUUUUCCCUUUUCCAGGAUAUUGUAUGCUUGGAAUCCUGCAGUAGGUAGCCAUUCCAGAUUGGUUGCUUUCACUUACGGUUCCUCCGUAAUGUCUUUUCAUGGCUGGCUAGUUCCUUUUUAGCGCUGAGUCACUGGGUGUACUGUAGUUUAUCCAUCUGCCUACUGAAGGACAUCUUGGUGGCUUCUAAGUUUUGGUAAUUAUGAAUAAAGCUGCUAUACACAUCUACAUGCAGGUUUGUGUGGGCGUAAGUUUUCAACUCUCUUACCGAGGAGCAUGGUUGCUGGAUCAUCUGGUGAUGAUGUGUUUAGUGUUAAAGAAACUACCAACCUGGUUGUACCGUCAUGUAGUCCCACUAGCAACGAGCGCACAUGCAAGGGACUUCUUAUGUUAGAAGCCUGCACAGUUCUGUAAAGAUGAUUCUAAAUUUAGUUGAUGGAAAGUUUAUUCACGAAGACACCCACAGUGUAAGCAAACCUUGAAGAGUGUUUUCGGCUUCCUUAGUAAUGAAAGAGGUGCACGUUAAGGUUGCUGGCAUGUAUGUUCGCACCUGUCACAAAGCCCCAAGGAACGAGAAUCCUGUGCUAUCAAGGCUUUAGAAGAAGAUUCAUUUUUGCUGUGAAAACACUAGACAUUGGCUUCGUCCCUUUAAAAAUUCUUUUAUUGAGAUAAUUUGCAUAGCAUCAUAUGAAUUCGCCCAUUUAAAGUGUCCACUUUAGUGGCCUCUUAUGUAUUCACGUUUGUGCAACGUUUCCAUCAUGUUAAAAAGAAGAGAGUGAAAAGACAACCCAUAGAAUGGGAGAAAAUAUUUGUAAAUCAACAACAAAAAACCCGUUCCAGAAAAGGGGCAAAGGACUUGAAUAGACAUUUCUUCAAAGACUUACAAGUGGCCAGUAAACACAGGGAAAGAUGCUCCAUGUCGUGAGAUGUCAGGGAAAUGCAGAUGAACACCACGGUGAAAUGCCACGUCAUGCCCGCUAGGACAGCUGUCACCGUGAAGGCAGACAAUGACAAGUGUUGACGAGCAUGUGGGGAAACUGGAACUCUAGCGUGUGGCUGGUGGGAAUGUAAAAUGGUGCAGCCACCGUAGCAAAAAAGCACGGUGGUUCCCCAAAAUGUUAAACAUAGGAUUACCAUAUGACCCAGUAAUCCCACUCCCAGGCAUGUGCCUGAAGGAAUUGAAGUAGAGACCCCAGCAGGUGCUUGCUCAUGAAUGUUCACAGCACCAGUAGCACACAGUGGCCAAAAGGAAAAGACAACCCAAGUGUGUCCAAGAUGAGCAAAAUGUGAUCUAGCCACAGACUAGAAUGUUGAAACAAGUGGAAGAAGCCAGCAUGAAAGGACAAAUCAUUGUACGGUUCCCAUUACAUGGGAGACCUAGAAUAGGCAGAGUCCCUAAAACAAAGUAGAUGAGAGGUUACCAGGAGCUGGGAGAAGGAGUGAGCUGUUGCUCAAUUGGUACAGUUUCUGUUUGGGCUGUUGAAAAAGUUCUGGAAAUAGAUAGUGGUGGUGGCCACAGGACAUUGUAAAUGUAUCUCACGCCACUGAAUUGUACCCAUAGGAAUGGUUACAAUGGUUAAUUUUGUGUAUAUUUUACUACAAUUAAAAAAAAAAAAAGAAACCCUAGCACCAAUUAGCUGUCACCCCCAGUCCCUCCAUCCCCCAGCCCUAGGCAGCCAUUAACCUCCUUUCUCUGUGGAUUUGCCUGUUCUGGACAUUUCGCAUAAAUGAAACCAUACAAUAACAUGGUCUUU